UGUCAAUCAACUUGAUCAUAUUUGUUUUAGCUACAUGGCUUGACUGUGCUUUGCAAUGCUGUAUGAUGAAUUCUUGGCAAAGGCUUCCUGGAUGAGAGUCGCGUCCACCUUUCCCAAGACUCCGUGAUGCCGAAGCUUGCUGGUCCUGCGCUUUCUUGCGCGCGACGAAGCAGACGAGGUGCACAUCCCACCAGUUGUGCCUCCAUCCCCAGUUUCUGCGUUUCUCCUCCUCAUCAGUUCUAUCUCUCCUCAUCUCCGCGGCCCUUAGCCCAGCAUGAGGCUCAGCAUGGGCCCCAGUUGGCGUCCGUGUCGCCCACAUUAUUCUCGCAUACCGGACUCCGACCAUCCGGGUUCGACGGAUUCGAACGGCCACGGGAGGAUCAUGAGAUACCAGACGAGCGAAUCCUUAAGCUAGGGAAGACUCUUCGAACCCUCUCACCCCUCCUCUCGAACAUCCUCACCAAUCCUCUUCCACCCAAGAUACUCUCCCCCAGCAUAACCCUACACCUCUUCCCCUCCACACAUCCCCAUCUCCCAACCGUGAAAGGACGAACUCUCUACCGAGCCGCCCUUUGGACCGUCCCUGUCGCCUGGAGCAGCCUACCCCUCCUCGGCAAUGUCAAACUUCAGAUCAUCAGCGAGCGUAUUGUCCGCGCUGGCACCGUGCUAGAUCCUGCCCGCUACGCCCGCGGCGAGCACGACGGCAGUGACGAGCGCCUAGUCGUGCGCUGGCGGACCGAACCGCGCAGCGAACAUCAUCGCCAUCACCGUCCCUCCUUUACUUCCAACCCGCAUCCCAUUUUUCCGAGCAACCCCUCCCCGACUUCGCCCAGCACCUCCGGGCCAUCCUCGUCCAAAACCGGCGAGAACAAGGGUCUCAGCGUGUUGCUGGGCGGUGAUGCUCCGAUCUUCAAGCUCUCCAAGGAGGAACAGUUCACGGGGUUGUUUAUUUUCUCGUUCGAUGAGGAGGGACGUAUCUCGUCGCACACGAUCGAACAUGCUGACGACGCUUGCGGAUGGGAACGGACCCCGAAAUUUGUCACGUUGGCGGACUGGUUGAUUGGGAAGGCCAGGGAAUCGCUAGACCCGUCGCCUGCUGAGCCGGGUUUGGCCUUCCAGGGAUGUCAUCCUCAUCAGAGAUGCCAUGUCUUUGCGCGGGAGAGCGCCUUCUACGAGCGUCGGAAGGGGUGACGCCUGAUCGUUAUCGGAGCCGGUUGCAAUUGUGCUGUACUGGUAUAUGCUGUAAUGCGGCCGUCCCAAGCGGGUUCGCUAGCGUGGAGGCAUGAAAGAUGGAAGGCGACGAACACUUUGCGCUUUGACUUUGCCCCCCCCCCCC